GAGAAUUCUCAUUAUUUAAUCUAUUAUUAAUUAAGAAAAACACAUAAUGUGUUGAAUAAUUUGAUUAUUCUUCUUGUUAGAGUAAAAAACGUAACCCUCUAACCUCUAGCCUAGCCGCACAAGUUUUCCAUAUUCUCUCUCUUCUCUGUUUUCUCUCUGAAAAAGAACCGAAAGGAGAAAAAGAAUCCGACCUCUUCUCCCUCUCGCUCUCGAUUUCUAAACUUUCCCCCUCUCGAUCGGCCCUUGUUCUUCCUUAGCCCCUAUAUGUUCUCUACUUCUCUCUUCCUUUCUGGUAGUGACGAGGAGAAAGUAAGGAAGGAAAGACGAUGACGGCAAGAGAACUGACGGCGAUGGACGCCGGUGACGAGGAAGGCAGAGGUGGCGAAGAGGGAAAGAUGAUAGUGGUUGCCGGCGACGGGAACGGAGCGAAGUUCCGACGAGAAGUUUCAGAGGGGUCGAAGAAAGGGAGCUGCCACCGACAGUCCCGGGUUUUGCCGGCGGCGGUGGAAUGCGUACAGGGGAUACAUACCCCUUCCGGAUAAUGGUUGGUAUGGAAUCUGGAUUUUUGGGAUUAAAAGUCGUUUAUGGGCAUUGGUACUUGUUUUGGUGCUUACUAGAGAAAUUGUGUCGACUGGGUAAAUCAUCAUUUGAAAUGGAUCACUGCAACUUUUAGAUGGGUUUGAUGGGGUUUCCACCCAAAAUUAGAUUAUGAGUUUGGUAUUAUGAAAUAAGAACAUACGAUGAGAUGAUUCUGGGUGAUGAUGAUGAGAUAAUGAGAUACCAACCUUGUUGCUUGUAGUUUGGUGAUGACUCUGCCUCCUAUUUCUCGACUUCCAUGGCAUUUAACUGCUGCAUUUCUAACUUUCUUGUUGCUCGGCUACCUUCUUUUGUAUUUUAGCUUCUGUUUGUUAUUUCUUUUUUGUUUGGAUGGCUGGUGUGUGUUUCAAUAGGAAAGUGACAGAAGUGAAGAAGACUUCAGUGCCUUUUAUGUCUGUGUAUGGCUAAAGAAGAAAGAAAUGGAAAUGAACUCUUUUUUUUUUUCCAUCUCUAUUUUCUUUCUGUUUUGGACUUCUGUUGGUGUCUCGGGUUUAGAACAGGAAUGAGAAAGAGGAAGAACAAGAAGAGGAGAAGAAGAAAUAGAAUUGAACUCGCCUUGUGGUGUCUACACUUGUUAACCGUGAACUCGCCUUGCGUCAGUAACUUUAGAAUCCGCUCUGGACGCUUCACGGUUCACGGUUUUGGGCCUCAGUUCACGGCCAUAGGAGACCGUGAACUACAAUGGGAAACCGUGAACCCGGCGUAAAUCACCCUCUUUGCCCAGUUUUCGCUCAUUUCCUUCCAACUUCCGACUUCGGGGCUGGUUUCACCUGUUAGAACCUGAAACACACAAAGCCUAGCACAAAACAACCCUUUUAGGGGCACAAAUGCCACAAACGCCCAAGGAAAACGGGGAUAAAAUUUGUGCAAUUAGGCCCGAAUCAUAAAUAUAACCAGAGAAGUGGCAUUACUUUUGGGGAUAGUUCUAGAUAAUAGUUAUGAUUGUAUUUGGGCUACGUGCAUGACUAGUUGCUAUGGGGUAUUACUUUUGGGGAUAGUUCUAGAUAAUAGUUAUGAUUGUAUUUGGGCUACGUGCAUGACUAGUUGCUAUGGGGUAGCGUUGGUGAGGCCCACAACCCAAAGGGAACGAGUAACCAACAUAACAUUAAGGGUUGGUGUGGAACCUAGUGAUAAUUAUACGAGGGACGAGCUCUAAUUAGUUGGACGGAGACUAAUUUAUUCUGUUGACGUAGUUGCGUGAUCGUAUGGGGAGAAAUCGCAUAACUUUGAAUGACAAGUGUUCAAGUACUACUUUAUCGUUCAGGUGCAUGGUUAAAGGGGCCUAGAGUAGUAUUCCAUAUCAAUCUAUUAAUUUCGGUUCACGCUUUAUGUUUUAGUUAUUCCUUAUACGCUUUCAUGUUCAGCUAAGUCAUUUACGUUUAGUCAUUACUUUAAGUGUGCAUGACAUCACGAAGCAUCAGUAAACUAAGUUUCACGGC